UCCAGCUCGAUGGCGCUCAUGUUGAGUUUUUGAGGGGAAUCGCUAACCCACUUGGUAUCAAGGUGAGUGAUAAAAUGGUCCCUAGUGAACUGGUUAAGCUGAUAGAGAUACUAAACCCUCAGAACAAGCCUGGAAGGAUUACGGUGAUAGUGAGAAUGGGAGCUGAGAAUAUGCGGGUCAAGCUUCCUCAUUUGAUCAGAGCAGUACGUGGAGCCGGUCAGAUUGUGACUUGGGUUAGUGAUCCAAUGCACGGAAACACUAUCAUGGCUCCAAGUGGGUUAAAGACUCGUUCUUUCGAUGCAAUAAGGGCGGAGUUGAGAGCGUUCUUCGACGUGCAUGAUCAAGAAGGGAGCUUUCCUGGUGGGGUGCAUCUAGAGAUGACGGGUCAAAACGUGACGGAAUGCGUUGGAGGGUCACGCACCAUCACUUACAACGAUCUAAGCUCACGCUACCACACUCACUGCGACCCGAGGCUCAAUGCUUCUCAGUCUCUGGAGCUUGCCUUCAUCAUUGCAGAGCGUCUGCGAAAGAGAAGGCUCGGUUCCGGGAGUCUUCUGUCAUCUCUUGGACUCUAG